GGAGAUAGUUUAUUGAACUUGGAUUUCAUAUCUAAUUGAAGUGUUACCAAAUAUUCACAUAAAUCGGCUCAUUAAUCAACCAUAAGAAACCAACGUCUACCAAAGCUUGAACGCAACUAUCACCAUGGCCACACACACGAAUCCCACAGCUGUCAACGCCGAGACCGCCGGCACCGCAAACACGUACGAGAACCCCAAUGUUAACACCGCAACCUCCCACACUACGGCAACCGGCGAGAUUCCAGCAACGCACUCGACUUCCAGAGCCGCUACAAGCGCGGUCGGUGGCGGAGAUGCGCCAACGACGCGUAGCGGCGGCAUCGGACAGCAGAUCAAGGGUGCAUUUGCACAAGGACAUGGAAUGGGAGAAGUGAUUCGUGGAAAGUUCAACUCUGCUGUUGAUACCGCGGCUGGCGACUCGCAGGGCAUGGCCAAGAACAAGAACAUUACUACUGGCGGCGAGAGGGAGUUUGCGACAAAGGACUUUGUCAAGAAGGGAACUUUGGACAAGGCUUUGUGAGGUAUUUGUUUUGAGAGGAUGUAUUUUAUGUAUGAUGUGAUGAGUGUUGUUGAUGGAGGGCUUGAAUGAUACCAACUUGCUUGACAUUCCCUUCCGUAUUUACCCCAUCGAUUUCCACUACGCUGUCGCUACCUGUGUCUGUAAAAUGGAUGGUUGAAGCUCCGACUUGA